AUGGCCUCAAACAGCAUAACUUCAACAUCAAGAUCUAAAAAACAACAUGGAGAGGCAGCUAUUGACGGUCGUCAAUUCUUGACGAACAAAAUACAUUUGUUAAAAGAAAAGAUCCAAGAUGAGCGAUUUAAAUCAAUUAAAGAUAAACUUUGGAUAAAUAGGGAGAAUCUUAGGUUUCAACUUUCCGAGGUCAUGGCAGCGGUGUCAAGAAAUACCUCAUUACAGACCGAGGAAGCUAAUGCUAAAAUGCUUUCUUCAAGAAUUGACAAUCCUGUCAGUAAGUUUAGUGGUUUCCGUCAAGGUUUAGGAAGGAGAGAACAAAUACAAAAUCAAGAUGUAUCCUUUGAGAAAAGUUUCAAGUUACCAUACACUGAAAAGAUACCUCCAUAUACAUUUUGGUUACAUUUGGCCAGGAACGAGAGAAUGACCAAAGAUCAAUCAUUUGCAGCACGAAGAAACAUAUACUAUGAUCAACAUUGUGGUGAAACAAGGAUAUGUAGUGACACCGAAGAAGAGUGCAAAGAGAAUAGGGAAGCUAAACAUGAUUUUUCUCAGGGUGAAGACCAAAUUCUAUGGAUGGCAUUUGAGGAACACGAUAUUACUGAGGAGGCAUUGAGUGUUGUUCAACGCUGUAUUGGGGGCAGCUACUCAGAGAUUCAGGAGAGGUAUAAAUAUCUCAAGGAAAAGGACUUGCAUGCUAAAAAUUCUCGAGAAAGUGAAUCUAUUACUGGAAUAUGUUUGGACAAAAGUUUGAAUGCCAGUUUAAGUACUUUUGAUCACCUUUUCUGUCGUCUUUGCAUGAUCUAUGAUUGUCCUUUACAUGGAUGUUUGCAACCCUUAAUAUAUCCUAAUGAAAAGCAAUCAGUUUGGAAUGAACCAGAAGGUCAGAGUAACCCCUGCAGUGAUAAUUGUUACCUUAAGAUAAAGGAUGUCAAUACUUCAUCAAAAAAAUCAACUGGAGAGUCUUCGGAUAAAGAAAUUAAAAAAACAGAAAAUGUUGAAAUGGAUUAUCUUUUAUAUCUCAAUUCAGAUGUUAAGGACUCAGAUCUGCCAGACUUAUCAUCAUGUGACUCAACUUUUCCUUGUGAUUCUCAAAAUUCUCAUAAAAAACUGAAGCGAAUCCUAGAGAACAAAGAAACUGCAAAUGACGAUUAUAACAAAGAGCGUGCGGAAAUCACAAAUAAAAUAGAAUUGUUGCGAUUAUCCAACUCAAUGGAAUGGCAAGUUGAUGAGAUGCAUAGUAUAUCAGAUUGGAAACCUUUAGAGAAAGAUUUAUAUUUGAAGGGAAUUGAAAUGUUUGGGAGAAACAGUUGUCUUAUAUUUCGAAGCUUACUUUCUGAAUUCAAGACUUGCAUUGAAAUAGCCAGCUACAUGCGUGUUGAAGAGGUGGCCCGCAGAUCCAUUGAUGAAAAUGGAAAAUUUGAUGCAAAGUGCACUGACCAUGAGAUGCCAUCAGGUUUAAGGUCAUUUAAAAAAAAAGGAAAGAGCAAGGAGUUUAAAUAUUUACCAAAGUCGCCACGCCUCCCACCUAGCCAGGAAAGAAUUAAUGCUGGAGGAAACAUACUCCUUAAGCAUUAUACACCUUGUGAGUGUCAUGGAAAGUGUAGAAAACAAUGUCCUUGUCGUCUUAAUGGAUAUUGCUGUGAAAAGUAUUGCGGGUGCACAAAACAAUGCGGAAAUCUGUUCAGAGGAUGCCAUUGUGCUAUAGGUCAAUGCAGAAAUCGACAGUGUCCAUGCUUUGCAGCAAAUCGGGAAUGUGACCCAGAUCUCUGUAGAAAUUGUUGGGCUAGUUGUGGUGAUGGUUCAUUAGGAGAGCCACCUCAUCAUGGAGAAAAUGAAUGUGAAAAUAUGAAUCUUCUUUUAGGAAAAAAACAAAGGAUCCUUUUAGCCAAGUCUGAUGUUGCUGGAUGGGGAGCCUUCUUAAAGAAUCCUGCCAACAAAGAUGAUUUUUUAGGAGAGUAUACGGGUGAAUUAAUAUCUCAUACAGAAGCAGAGAAGCGCGGUAAAUUGUAUGAGCGUGCGGACUUCUCUUUUCUUUUUGACUUGGAUGAUGAGUAUGUCAUUGAUGCAUAUCGCAAAGGAGACAAAUUAAAAUUUGCAAACCACUCCUCAAAACCCAACUGUUAUGCAAGGGGUAUGUUUGUUCGUGGAGACCAUCGAGUAGCCAUAUUUGCUAUGGAACGCAUUGAAGCCGGUGAGGAACUAUUCUAUGAUUACAAGUAUGCUGCGCAUCACAGAGCACCUGCAUGGUUUGUUAAAGCCAAUAAUGCUGCCAAGAAAAAAGAACUUGCAAAUUCUCAUGCCAAAGCUAAGAAACGCUAG